AGGAAAGAAGAAAAAUAAACUCUAUAUAUACUACCAUCUUCUCUUACAAGGUUACAAAAACUCUCUGCCUGAGAAAGAACUUUCAGGUGCUGAACGCCAUGGCUUGGUGCUUAAACCAACGCAUGUUAUCUUCUGUUAUCUUCCUCCUUAGCGUCUCAUUAUGCUUAUUGUCGAAUCAUUCUUCCAUUGCUGAGAAGCUUCCAAGGUUUGAACACCAUCUUAAACCACAACAACAAUCUCUUAACUUUUUGGUUGUUGGAGAUUGGGGAAGAAAAGGAAACUACAAUCAAUCUUUGGUGGCCCAUCAGAUGGGAAUUGUAGGAGAGAAAUUAAAUAUAGAUUUUGUGAUCUCAACUGGUGACAAUUUUUAUGAAGAUGGUUUAAAAGGAGUUGAUGAUCCAGCAUUCUAUGAAUCAUUUGCCAACAUCUACACAGCCCCAAGCUUGCAAAAGGUUUGGUACAAUGUUUUGGGAAACCAUGACUAUAGAGGUGAUGUUGAAGCACAAUUAAGCCCAAUUUUAAGACUAAAAGAUAGCAGAUGGGUUUGCUUGAGAUCUUUUAUUCUUGAUGGAGGAAUUGUAGAAUUUUUCUUUGUCGACACAACUCCUUUUGUAGAAAAGUACUUUACGGAUCCAGAAGAGCACACAUAUGAUUGGAAUGGCGUGCUUCCUCGCGAAUCUUACCGUGCAAAACUCUUGAAGGAUGUUAAUUCAUCUUUGGUGCAAUCCAAGGCAAAAUGGAAAAUAGUGGUGGGUCAUCAUACCAUCAAAACUGCUGGGCAUCAUGGUAAUACACAAGAGCUUGAGGAGCAACUUCUUCCCAUCUUAAAGUCAAACAAUAUUGAUGCAUACAUCAAUGGACAUGACCAUUGUUUGGAGCACAUAAUCGACAAAGAGAGUGGAAUUCCAUUUUUCACAAGCGGAGGCGGAUCAAAAGCAUGGAGAGGCGAUAUCAGGCCAUGGGAUCCGAAAGAAUUGAAGUUGUAUCAUGAUGGACAAGGAUUCAUGUCUGUGCAGAUCACAGAAAAUAAUGCUGAUAUUGUAUUCUAUGACGUUUUUGGCAAAGUUUUGCAUAGAUGGAACAUAACCAAAGAAAUGAGUGCAGCGGCAUAGAUACAAUAAUCUAAAUAUAUAUGCAUAUAAUUUUAAUUUUGUGGAUGAUAUGUUCCCAUAAAUCCAAAUAAUGAACUAUAAAUUUGUAUAUAUGCACAACCUUUGGACUUGUUAUUAUAUUCGUUAUAUUAUAUA